CACACUUGGAGAAGGAGCUCCUCCCUGCCUGGGACCCUGCUCCUGGGGGAUCCGUCUGACUCUAGCGCCUCAGGGCCCAGGUGGAUCUAGUCCCAGGAAGAUGGGAUGCUGAGGGCUCUCAGGUUCUUGUUCACACCAGUCCUUCCAUGCUGUCUUCAAGCCCUACUUCCUGCACAUCUCCCAACCCUGAUGGGGAGAACCCAAAUAAGAAGGUCCAGUGGACUGGGAGGAGGAGGGCGUCAUCUACAGACUCAGAGUCAAGGUCCCACCCCGACUCCUCCAAACUACCCAGGUCCCGGAGACCCAGCCGGCUGACGGUGAAGUAUGACCGAGGGCAGCUCCAGCGCUGGCUGGAGAUGGAGCAGUGGGUGGAUGCGCAGGUUCAGGAGCUCUUCCAGGGUCAACCAACUCCUCCCUCGCCUGAGAUUGACCUGGAGGCUCUCAUGGAACUAUCCACAGAGGAACAGAAGACUCACUUGGAGGCUCUUCUCCAAAACUGCCCCCGCCCCACAGAGCCUUUUAUCUCUGAGCUGCUCAGUCAACUCAAGAAAUUCCGGAGACUCAGUCGGCCUCAGAAAUAAGCCUUGUGAGACUACCUUCAGCAGCUUUAGCAUCGCCAAGGCUGCCCUGAACCUCAGAAUCCUGGGCUGAGAGGGAAAUGGCCU